CUCUUUAAAAGCUUCUCGGUACCUUUUCCUUCGCUUUCAUUUAACUUCUUUGAAGGGUUCUUUGUUCAUUAUAUCAAAAUUCAACUACUACAACAGAUUUCAAAUUCAGAGCUUGGUGUUGGGUAAUUGUUACAUGCCAUCAAAGUUCAAAGCUUGUCCGCAAAGAGCUCGAUAACAGCUGAAGUUGCAGAGACCAUUGUUGUCAGGAAAAGACAAAGCCUGUUUGCAGCUUAAUUUUCAACAUAAAAUGGGUUGUUUCACAGUUCUCAAGAGUAAGAAGAAAAAAUCCGAGCAGGCUAAUUAUAUCAAACCUGUCAACCAUCAUGAACAUACAUCUGCUACACUGCCUGAACCGAAACAUACCCGAACUUUGCAUUCUGCACCCCCAAGUUUUAUAAUCAGGGAGAGAUCUGUUCAGCCAAUUAAUAGUGUAAAGAACAGAAUGCGGUUGUUGUCUGCCCCAUCGAGCUUCAAUUCCCCAGGACAGGAUGAUCUCUUAUCAGUUGAAUGUGAGGAACAGGAAGAGUCUAAAGGUCGCGUUGGAUCAAUGAAGGAACACCGAACCCCGAGUCCACAACCCCUUCCCCUUCCUUCACCACAGAGUGCUGCUGUUCUGAAGCCUAUGGGAAGCUUUAAUUUGGGGAAUGCUAAUGGCCCUCUUAAGGCUUACGGACCACAGCCGCUGCCAUCUUUGGGAGCACACAGGAACUUCUCAUGUGAAGAAAUCACUACUGCCUGCCACAAUUUCUCUCCUAAACAAUGUGUGUCAGAAGGUCAUUAUUCCGCAAUGUAUAGAGCUUCCUUUGGGGACGAUGCUUCUGGCUCAAAAAGGCUUGAGGCUACUGUUACUCGCCUUCAACCCUCUACCCAGGGUUUGAGGGAAUUCAUAAAUGAGGUGAAUACUCUUGCAUCAUUGCAAAAUCCCUACCUCUGUAAAUUGCUUGGUUUUCAUGCUUGUGAGGGAUCAAAGCAAAGGAUGUUGGCUUACGAAAGGCUUUUCCAUGGAAGCUUAGACCAGCUUUUGUGUGGGAGUUCAGAUGGCCCCUUCAUUGAUUGGAAUGCCAGAAUGAAAGUUGCUUUAUGUGCAGCGCAAGGUCUCACUUUCUUGCAUGAGGAAGGGCCAUUCCAGGUGAUGUUCAGUGAUUUUUCAACUGCCAAUAUACAGAUCGACAGAGAUUUUAGCGCAAAGCUUUCAGGAUAUGGUUGCAUUAACCACAUUCCAGAAACAGAGAUAUCAAAUAGUUUGGCAUUGGAAAAUCAGUCAUUGGAGACACUGGGGAGAGGGUUGCUCACUCCCAAGAGCAAUGUUUGGAGUUUUGGGAUUGUGCUUCUUGAACUGCUCACUGGCAGGAAGAAUCUCGACAGCCACCAUCCAAAGGAAGAAAGGAACCUAGUUAAAUGGAGCCGACCUUUCCUAGCUGAUGAUUGUAGACUGUGGCUAAUCAUGGAUCCUCAGCUAAAAGGCCGAAUCCCACCCAAAGCAGCCCGGACAGUGGCUGACAUUGCUCAAAGAUGUCUUCAGCAGGAUCCAUCAGAAAGGCCCACAAUGAGAAAUGUUGUUAAGCAUCUCAAAACCAUACAGGACAUGAAGUAUUCCUGCUUGUUUCCACUGCAAGAGCCAGGAGCAGUUGCCCGGAAAUAUAUGUCAAGAUCACCGAGCCUAAAUGGUGUUGUUGGUACCCUGGAGUCCAGGUCAAGUUUCUCUCCACCUACUCCAGCAACCAGACGAUUGAUUUAUCCAUCUAGGCCACUUGCAAGACCCUUGUCUCUUCCCCCUCAAACUUGUUCCUCCGCCCUUUCUUUGGUGGAAAUGGAUCGACAGAAAAUUCGAAAAUCAUCAUUAUCAACUGUUCAAAGGGCUACUAUUGAAGGAUUUUAAUUGUUAAUAGAGAGAAAUUUUUUCAUUUAUUAUUAUUUUUUAAAAUUAUGUUUUUUUUUGUUUUUUGUUUUUGUUCUAAAUGAUGUAAAGUUUAGCUGAUGCAAUUUUCCCACCUUCCAUUCGCGAGGAAUUUAAUUCGUGGGAUGAUGUUUUUGUAGAUAAAUUGUUUCCUUGUGUUAGUUCCCGCAAUGAUCCAGUCGUAUAUUACUGCUGAGGAGACACUCUCUCUGUGAUGAGUAAUUAUAGCAAUUUGAGGAACAAUAAAGAGAGUAAUGUUGGAUGUAUAAAAUGUGUGCAUUGCUUAUCCUUUUUCUUUCUUUCA